AUGGUCCACAACACGUGCGACAAGCUGAAGCAGCGAUACAUCGAGCACGGCGUCAACUACGCUGAGGAUAAUGAGUUGCUCACAGAGUUCAUGGAGAAGCACGGAGCGUGGGACAAGCGGGAGGUGACGGUCGAAGGCAUGGAUGGGGAGGGAAGUCCCGUCAAGCACACUUUCAAGCUGCACGAGGAAGCCAUCAAGGGUCAGAAGUCCAAAGGGGACCUUGAAUCUUGCAUCACUGUAACCCGCCAGUUUGCGCAGGAAGUUGUGAAGCACCUCCUAAAGCGGAUGGAGAGCCUAGACACCCUCACCGGAGCGAAGCUUUUCCUGCCUGACGCGUACCCCGAGGGAAGCGUGAAGAGAGACCGCCUCUGCGCAUCCUGGUUCCAGUCUCUCCGCACGCUGUUCAGUGCGGAGAAGUGCGUACUUCCAGGAGUGAGCUGGAAAAAGGCGGGACGAGAACUGGUGCCGUUCACCAAGAUGAUGGCCGCGCAGUUCAAGGACCAGACCUUCCACGCCGGCCUCAAGCACAUGUUGCGCAAGAGAGCCCCAAAGCGGAAGGCCGAGAGAGGAACGUCAGGUGCUGCCUCCAAUGAAGACGAAGAUGAUGAGGAUGUGGUCAGGCGGAGGACCUCUAAGAAGGGCAAGGCAUGUGCAGCUCUAGCACUGUCGGACGACAGUGAUGAUGACAAUAGGCUUGAUGUCCGCGCCACUGUGGCGCUAGAGUCUGACAAUGAGUAG